GGUUGAGAACCACUGUUCUAUAGCAUUCUUUCAUUUUUUAGCCACAUUGCAUGUGAGUACUCCCAAUCCAUAUUUAUUUAUGUAUAUUUGUAGCAGUUCCUAAACCACUAUGAAUUUAUGAAAGUUUCUGUGAUGAAAGUUCUGUUUGGUUACCUAGAGCCACAAAAUAUGGAGAUAGCCAUGAGGUUGGCUUUAAAAGGGGUUAGGAGAAUUUAAUGGAAGACAGGCCUGUCAGGGCUUUCAAUUUUCAGGACACAACAGUUAUCUGUGGGAAGAGGUAUAGCUCCAAAUUCUAGUUGCAGGGGACCAGCCACUCCUCCUGUGAUGAAUACCCCAGAGGCAUCUAGUUGGCCAGUAUGAAUGAAUGAGCUAAGAAUGGAAGAAGACAGAGAGCUUGCUAAGUCCUUGGAGCUGCAACUCAGAAUAGAAGACCUUUACUUUCCUGGAUGCAGCUAUAAAUGCCAGUUGCCAUGGAGAAGAUCAAGGAACAGUUUUCUAGGCUUCAAAUAUCAAAACGGUGUUCACUAACAGAAGACCCAUCUUAUUUAUUGGACAUAGAUAUUUCAAGAGGAGAAGGGAGCCAUUUAGUGGCUGUUUCCUGCUCCAAUAAAUCAAUCAAAGUUUACAACAGGGAGACACUGUCCUUGCUACAAGAAUAUAAUAGCCAUCCUGCAUUGCUAAGUGGUGUCAGAUUUGCACAUACAAAUGAAAAUAUAUUAUUUUCAGCUUGCAGUGAUGGAUCAUUGAAGUGUUGGGAUACUCGUUCAUCUGUUGUGAAGCCUGUACAGCUGUUUUGUGGCUAUCCUUCAAAUGUUUUCAUUAGCUGUGAUAUAAACUGCAAUGACCUCAUAGUAUGUGCUGGCACAGAAAAAGUGGAAGAAGAUGCAUUCAUAACAUUCUGGGAUGCAAGAGGCUGUACAAAUAGUGUCCCUUCCAGCAAACAGCCACUAGGUGUCUAUUCAGAAUCUCACAACGAUGAUGUUACUAAAGUAUGUUUUCAUCCCAACAAACCACAUUUGCUUGCUUCAGGCUCAAUUGAUGGAUUGGUAAAUGUGUUUGAUAUUAACAAAGACAAUGAAGAAAAUGCUCUGAUUUCUACUUGUAACUCUGAUUCUUCUGUAAGUUUUAUUGGAUGGGCUGGAAAAGAUUAUUGGCAGAUUUACUGCAUGACACAUGAUGAAGGAUUUUGUUAUUGGGAUCUUACUCAGCUGGAUUCUGAAAAGUCAACUACAUUAUUGCAUAUUCCAGAUGUCAGAGAAGUAGAAAAUAUCAAACUGGAUUACUUAAUUGGUGGUGUUUAUCAUGAAAAAGUGGACAAAUUGUUUGUGGUUGGAGGGAUGUCAACAGGAAGCAUUUGUCUCAUAGAGUGUUGUGCUCAUGAGCUGAAUUCCAGGGGAAUACUUCAAGGUGGACACUCUGCUACUGUUCGUUCCUUCUGCUGGGAUAUGGUUGAUGAUUCUCUAUUUACGGGAGGAGAGGAUGCAGAGUUGUUGCUAUGGAAACCGGGAGCCAUGGAAAGCGCUUUGAAUAAGAAGACUUCUAUGAAAGUGGCAUCCUCUGUCUAUCAGCGAACAAAAGCUCAUCAACGUUCUUUGAAAAACAAGAAAAAAGUAAAGAAAUGAAGAGGGACUUCCAUUUUUAAUACUUCUAAGAGAUGGCUGUGUGUCUGGUGUUGCAGCAGAAACAAAAAAAAUGAAAUCUUUUAGGCAAUUGAAUGUGAUAACUGUUGCGUAGACUAGAAUCUACUUCAUUGUACACAAAAAUUAUAUGCUGAAAUAAAUUUGUUUCUAUGGUGCAACAAUAAUAUUCCUGCUUGUAUGAGUUGAAUUUUCAAAAAAGUUGUAGUAGUUUUAAAAGGAUGAGUUUUCAAAAUUUGGACACAGUUUAUACUUUCAUCCUGAACAUGAUCUUCCAGUAUAAGAAAUGUAUACAAAAAUCUUUUACUUUAUUAUUUAUUAUUCAUAUAUGGCAUAGGGCCUGGCUACCUAUGAAACCGGCUUCAACUCAUCACAUCAUUCCCACUCAUUCAGGCAGGGAAGGCAUGCCACAGACCCCGUCAGUCAAGGAAGAGGGCCUGUUUUGCUGCUGCCCCGCUUUGUGGAAUAUCUUGCCCUCAAUCUCUUGCCCUUUCACAAAGAGUCAAAACCUGGCUGUGUAGUCUUGUGAGGGACACAGGCCCACAGAGCUAUGGGGCUAGUCGGCUCUACGAGAACCGCCCUGCCUAUAUUAACAACUUUUAAUCUCCCCAUCUUGGAACUCUCCAUCUUUUGUAAUUUUAUAAUAUUUUACAUUGUUAAAUAUUUUAAUCUUAAAUUUCAUGGUUUUUAAUAUUUUAUUACACUGAUUAAAUUGUACAGAGCCCCUCUGUGGGGGACAUGGUUAAGAAGUUUGAUACGUAAAUAAAUAAAUAUUGCUACUUGUAGUUUCACUUGUAUGUUUCAUUGAACUGUAUUUUUGCAAAUCAUUAGUAUAUUGAUACAUGCAGGGAGGUGGGACUUAAGCAGUCUUGAUCUGUGAUUGUGAAGAAAUUGCAGCAGAGUCUGCAGGCCAUAUUUGGGAAAAUGAACUUAAAAAUUAUAUUCAAUAUUCUUAAAAAAUGGAUGUCAAUACUGAGGAGAAAGAGAAGGAAAAAUCUGCUUAAAUAACCUGAAAAAGCAAACUACCCACAUUACCUAUCAAAAGAGAUCAAAUUAGAGAACAACCAUGGUACCUGAGGACACCGAAAAUGAGACAUGGAAUUAGUUUAUAUUACAAUGUCCAUUCCCAGGUUCUAUAAAAUUUUACCUUUAUUCUGAUUUGAAAUAAAUUUUGAUUCAAGAUGGUAAAGAAUUUCAUGUCUCUUUCUGAAAAAGAAUUUAGAGUUAUCUAUUUAGUAUUAAGAGUGUUUUUCUUUGUUAUGCAGUCAUCUAUAUGGUGGAGGUUGGCAAAUUGGUGCCCACAGCACCAGGGCCCAUAUCACCACUAGAUGGCACCCACUAUUCUAUAUUUUUUUAAAUCUCAAGAGAUAGCCAAGUUUUGCAAGACUAUUUAUUCAGUGUUGUUAUGUCAACUCUUAUGAAAUUUUGUUCAUUUUUUUUCUAUUUCCAAAGUUGAGUUUUUAAGAUUGAAAACCUGCUUGCUAUCUGAUAAGGUUAUUGAACCUUAAUUUAUACUGAACCACAAAUAUUUUGGGGAGGCUAUUCUGUUUUGUAUAUCUUUUGAAAGGCACUAACAUUACAUUAGGAUUCACUUAUUUGGAACUCUUCGCUUUAACCUGAGAUGUCAGGAACAAUCUAGAAAAUGUUUAUUUUGAGAGGAAGAAUAGUUUUUGGUAGAGGGAGGAGGGAAAGCCCUAAUUUACCAGAAUGUUGACUUUACAUUUCAUAUUAAUUAUUUUGUUUGUUAUAAACAGAAUUAUUGAGACUUGGAGGGAACAUACAAGAUUCACAAAUUAUUACUAUAUAUAAAAAGAUGUGAAAUCACAGCUGCCAGUUCUUUAGCUGGUGUUCAAGUUCUUUCCAAGAUCCUUGCAUAUCAAAAUGUAUUGGUGUAGUAUAUGUGCGGAUUCAUAUUUGUAACUGAUAGGUGAAAAUUUUGUCAAUAUGCAGUUUUUCUAAGUGCCAUCCAAGAUUUUUUGGAAUGGUAAUUGGUGAGCUGAUAAACACAGGGAUCACUAUGGCCAUUUUAUGCCAUAAUCUUUCCAUUUCGAUUUUCAGAUCUUGAUAUUCUGUAAUAUCCCCUGGUAUUGCCACAAUUAUU